AUGUUGAGCCCGUUUGUGCAAGCGGGGAGCCAAGCCUGGCUUGAGAAGGAGCUUUUGGGUCCUGAGAGCAGAGCCAGGAAAAUUAUUGAGUCUCAGUAUGAAGUGACAUUUGAGGAUGUCGCUGUGGACUUCACCCAAGAAGAGUGGCAGCAUGUGGACCCUGCUCAGAAGACCCUACACAGGGAUGUGAUGCUGGAAAUCUAUAGCCACCUGGUCUCCGUGGGGUGUUCAGGUAUAAAACCGGACAUAAUCUCCAAGUUGGAACAUGGAGAGGACCCGUGGAUCAUAAAGAGUGAGUUGUCAGGGUGGAUCUACUCAGACAAGGAAAAAAGCUCUGACUCUUCCCAGCAGAUCAUUUCUGGAGAACUUUCAUUUCAAAGGGAGAUAUUGGAAAGAGCCCCGAAGGAUAAUUCAUUGCACUUUGUCUUUAAAGUCUGGCAUAUUGAUGGCCAGAUAGAUAGAUAUCAAGGAAACCAAGGCAGAGUUUUGAGGCAGAUCACAGUCUUCAGCCAUGAAACAAUGACCAAGAAGAGAGGCCCUAAAUGUAAUAUAUUUAGAAAAAUAUUUAGUGGAUGCGUAGACUUUGAUCCUUCAAGUGAAACACUCCAUCACUUUGAUUCGUGUGAAAAGAGCUUGAAAUCUAAUUUAGACUCACUGACUUGUAAUAGGAGCUAUGUAAGAAAGAACCCCACUGAGAGAUUUGGAUGUGGAAGACCACCUAGCUAUAGUUCUUCCUGUUCUGCCCCUGAGAAAAUUCACAUUGGAAUGAAAUCCCAUGGACAUAGUCAAUGUGAAAAAGUUCUCAAUCAUAAGCAAGCCCCUAUUCAGUAUAAGAAAGUUCAAGCUGGGGAGAAAUACAGUGUUUGUAGUGUGUAUGAGAAGGGCUUUAUUAAGUCACAGCUCAUUUUACAUCAAAGAAUUCAUACUGGAGAGAAACCGUAGGUAUGUGGAGAUUGUGGAAAUGCCUUCAGUGAGAAAUCACACCUCAUUGUGCAUCAGAGGAUUCAUACUGGGGAGAAACCCUACGAAUGUACUGAGUGUGGGAGGGCCUUCUCCCAGAAGUCACCCUUCAUUGUUCAUCAGAGAGUCCACACUGGAGAGAAACCUUAUGAAUGUUUGGAAUGUCAAAAAGCCUUUUCCCAGAAGUCACAUCUCAUUAUACAUCAGCAAAUAACUCAUACUGGGGAAAAACCGUACGAAUGUACUGAAUGUGGGAAGACCUUCCCUCGGAAAACACAGCUUGUCAUCCAUCAGAGAAUGCAUACUGGAGAGAAACCCUAUAAGUGUGGUGAAUGUGGGAAAACCUUUGGUCAGCAGUCCCACCUCAUAGGACAUCAAAGAAUUCAUACAGGAGAGAAACCUUAUAUGUGUGCUGACUGUGGGAAGGCCUUUUCCCAGAAGUCACACCUCACUGGACACCAAAGGCUUCAUACUGGAGAGAAACCUUAUAUAUGUACAGAAUGUGGAAAAGCCUUCUCUCAGAAAUCACCUCUUAUUAUACACCAGAGAAUUCAUACAGGGGAGAAACCGUAUGAGUGUAGUGAAUGUGGCAAAACGUUUUCUCAGAAAUCACCCCUCAUUAUUCAUCAGAGAAUUCAUACAGGGGAGAAACCGUAUGAGUGUAGUGAAUGUGUCAAAACGUUUUCUCAGAAAUCACCCCUCAUUAUUCAUCAGAGAAUUCAUACAGGGGAGAAACCCUAUGAGUGUACUGAGUGUGGAAGGGCCUUUUCCCUGAAGUCACAUCUCAUUAUACAUCAGAGAGCUUAUACUGGAGAGAAACCGUAUGAAUGUAGUGAAUGUGGAAAGGCCUUCUGUGAGAAGUCUCCACUAGUUGUACAUCAGAGAAUCCAUACUAGGGAGAAACCUUCUGAAUCUGCUGAGUAUGGGAUAACCUUUUCCUGGAAAUCACAGAUGAUCACAUACCAGAGAAUGCACAUGGGGGAGAAACACUCCAAAUGCAGUGACUGUGGGAAGGUCUUCUGCCAGCAUAUACACUUCACUGGACAUCAGAAUCCACAUAAGAGAGAAACCUUAUAUACAUACUGA